AUGAAUACUACAAUGAAUAGUCGAGCAGUUACAACAACUUAUGGUUUACACGCAUACUAUACCCUCUACUAUAGUCUACUGACACCAGUCAUCUUUGGCAUAUAUCUUUACGGUUACAUUAUUAUAUUUCUGUUGGGUUUUAUCGGAAAUAUCAGCAGUUUGUUGACAUUUUCACGUAAAAUCCUACGAAAAGUAUCAACAAGUAUCUUUUUCCUAUCAUUAUCCGUUACCGAUACGAUUUAUUUGUUAACCUGCGUGUAUGAUUUCACACAAAUGGGCUUGAAAAUACCAGAUCCAUCAUCAACGAAUAAGUAUCAACGUCUAUGCCAAUUUCGAAACUUCAUAGCCUAUUCAGCUAUCAAUUGUUCAGCAUGGACACUAUUUUCAAUAUCGGCAGAUAGAUGGAUCCGAACAAGAUAUCCGACAAAAGUGGGUCGAAUUUGUACACCACGAAAUGCUGCGGUGACACUACUUUCCAUUUUGGUAUUUUCGAUGGUAAUGAAUAGUCAUUAUUUAACACCAAUGUUUGGUGCAUUCGUGCCCGGUUUAACAAUACUUUGUGCUCCAAAUAAUGUUCAUCGGGUUUAUCCUUAUUACGAUUUUUAUACGAAAUAUUGGCAAAUAAUUCGAGCAUUGAUUAGCAUAAUCAUUCCCGCUAUACUCAUGGUAUUAGCACUUGGUGAUAUGUUUGUCAAUAUAUAUAAACGACGUCGAAGUCUUCUUGGUCAACGAACAAAUGAAGGACUAACCGUUCACAGCAUCCGAAACACUUUGACUAUGAACAAUAUCAUGGAUACUACUAAAAUAAAACAAAGUAGUUUUAUUCAAAAACAAAUGUUUAUCUUAAUGUUAUCAUCAAUCAUUGUUUUCUUGGUAACAACAUUACCAAUGGCCACUUAUUAUAUUAUCGUUUAUCAACCAGCUGUAUCAUUAGAUAGAUCAAUAACCAAUGUCGUUUUGAUGUUAUGCCUAUUCACAUUUACAUUAAAUAUAAACUAUGCUAUUAACUUUUAUAUACAUUGUCUAACAUCAAAAUUAUUUCGAAAAGAAUUUAUCAGUAUUAUGUUUAGAAAGCAUGCAACACGUAUAAAUACAAUAUCAGUAAAAAUGUGA